AGGGCGACAGCAAAUAGCCGACGGCAUUGUAAGUGUAAUUGCGUGAGAUCAACGUAGCAUUAGCAGAAUGGAAACAGAAGAAAGAAGAAGAAAGGCGCAACAAUUCCGCCGGUAAUGCGGGGAUAAGAUGACAAAUGGAGAUUGAUCAGCUUCAUCCUUAACUUCUACAACUCCUGGCAUGUUUCGCUCUCUUCUACGCAGCAGUCCCCGGCUCACACUUUUACGCAAUCACAUUGCUCCCCUCAAUCAAUUCACUCCAAUCCGCGCCAUGUCUGUCCCAACAACAAUGAAGGCCGUAGUGGUCGAGCAGACCGGCGGCCCUGAAGUACUGCAAUUCAGAACCGCACACCCAGUGCCAACCCCCCAGGCAGGCCAGCUACUUGUGCGCAACAACAUCUCCGGUGUGAACUACAUCGACACCUACUUCCGGACGGGUCUGUACCCCUCGCCCAAGCCUGAGGUCCUGGGCCGGGAGGGCGCUGGUGUCGUCGCCGCUGUGGGAGCCGAGACCUCCGGGUUCCAGGUUGGUGAUCGUGUUGCUUGGCUGGCUAGUCAAGGCUAUGCUGAGUAUACUGCUGUUCCUGCUGCCAAGACGGUGAAGAUCCCUGAAGGGAUCAGUGAUGAGGAUGUUAUGGCCUCAUUCUUGAGUGGCUUGACUGUGCUCGCUUUUGCUAAGGAGACGUACCCUGUCCAGAAGGGUGAUUGGGUUCUGCUUCAUGCUGCUGCUGGCGGUGCUGGUUUCUUGAUGACGCAGAUUUUGAAGACUAUGGGUGCCAAGGUCAUCGGCACUGCUGGUGGUGCGGAGAAGUGUGCUCUUGUGAAGAGCCUCGGUGCUGAUGUGGUCAUUGACUACCGUAGUGAGGAGGGUAAGAACUGGGUGAAGUUGGUCAAGGAGGCAACUGGUGGUCGUGGCGUCGACGUCGUUUACGACUCUGUUGGCAAGGAUACCUGGGAGGGUAGCUUGGAGGCUGUCAAGCGCAAGGGUACUAUCGUUUGGUUUGGUAAUGCCAGCGGACCUGUGCCACCGCUCCCUCUUCCUAAACUCUCCCCCAAGUGUGUUAAAAUUGCCCGCCCAACUCUCUUCGGAUACAUUGAGACCCGUGAAGAGUUUGAGUACUACACCAACGAGCUAUUCAGUCUGUUGAAGUCCGGCCAGCUGAAGACCAAGAUCCAUAAAAUCUAUCCUCUGGAAGAGAUUGCCCAGGUGCACAAGGAUCUCGAGGGACGCAAGACCAUGGGCAAGCCUCUUUUGAAGCCCUGAAUUAUUAUGUAAAAGAAAUAUCAUUAGCCGUUACGUUGGAGAUAUAACGGUAGAAUACAUAUACCUAUUACUCAAAAUGUGCUUGAUGACGGCAUA